CUAACGUCAUCCAUUUACACAUUUCCGCCCAAUUCGAUUACACACAUUUACUCGAUAACCCAACCAUUGGCAUUAUUUAUGCACGGUCUUUGCUAUAAAGACUCUAGAAACUGAACAGCAAGCGACAUUCAACAAUUCACAUUCGUAGUGUCAAUCGGCAAGGUGCUGGAAAGUGUCAUCGUGUCCCCCAAAAGUGUUUCACAGGAGAAGCCUACCAGACCCAUAGCUCAAGACAUCAACAGUAACUAUAAAUUCGUAAUCAAAUUUUCUGAAAGGUUGUCUUAUAGUUUCGGAAAGCUCAUGCCACAUUUGCCGGACGACAGAAAAAUGUCUCUGCUGCACACAUUGUUAUUACUGAAGGUUCUGGCACUUUCCGUGCUGGUCAUUUCCACUCGGUUCGAAUCCGUCGCAGCGAAGCCCGUUCCGAGAAAUAACGUUUCAUACGAUGACGAGAGCGACGAUUUCGAUAUCGGGGAACCACUUACUGAAAAGGAAUUCGACAGUGGUAUUUCAAUCAAAGAAGGAGAAGACGAGUCGGAAAAUUUCAUUCCGUGGGGCAGAAAACCUGUCGAGCAAUUUGACUGCGAUGUUAAUACGCAAACGGGCCGCAAAAAUUUCCUGAGCUCCAGGGAGCGUUGGCCGGAUGCGAAAAUUCCUUACGAAAUCUCAGCUACUUACACACCGGAGCAACGAGCGAUAAUCGCGUUUAGUAUGAAAGCGUUUCACAAUAAAACCUGCAUCCGUUUCGUUCGUCGAACCACUGAGAAAAAUUACAUCAGAAUCAAAAAGACAGGAAAAGGCUGCUGGAGUGACAUAGGAAUGACCGGCCUCAAGCAAACGGUGAGUUUAGAUGACAGGUGCAUUUUAAGUGGGGCGCCGGGUGUUGUCAUCCACGAGUUGAUGCACGCCCUUGGGUUCCAACACGAACACCAGCGCCCAGAUCGUGACAAAUACGUGUCAAUCAAUAUCGACAACGUUGAUCCGACGAACAGGGAUUACUUCGAAAAAAUGAAGAUAUGGGAUUUCAGAACCACCAGAUUUUCUUACGAUUAUGGGUCUGUGAUGCACUAUCCCGCGAACGCUUUCGCAAAGGAAACUGGCACUCCUGUCAUUAUACCAUUAAGAGGAAAACCUCCCAUAGGAAAUCGGAGAAAUUUCAGUCCGCUGGACCUCGACAGAAUAAGAAAACUUUACUGCAAAUCGUCCAAUUCAACGUUGACUUUACAUCAAGAGUAAAUUCACCGCCGGAUGUUAUUUUUAUUCUUAAACUGU